CCUUUUCCUUCACAUCUUUUCUCUUCCACCAAAAAAAAAUAAAAAAUAAAAAAUAAAAAUAUCAUCUUUCUCCCUCAGUCUGUAGCUAGCUGGUUGGACAUGGUGGUUCUGCUUCUUCACCUUUCAUUCUACUUCUAAGUUCUAACUUCAAACCUCUCUCUACAAACCCAACCAACAACAAACUCACUAUGAAACUCUCCCUCAAGUUCCACAACAACGAUGAAAAUCAACAAACUCAAAUAAUGACAGCAAAAGUACCAAUAACAAUAUUCAACAACCCUUUAAUUUCAACCAUCACUGCCACAGGUAACUCAACUUCUGAUUUUUCAUUCUCACUUUCAACAAAUUUCCCAUCAGGUCCAACCUUCAAACUCUCUUACACUCCUCCCAUCACCACCACAACAACAACAACCUCAUCUCCUCCUUUCUCUAUCUCCCUUAAAUCCGGUUUAGGCCUUUUUGGUUCACCUCAUAAUUCCCCUCUUGUCUUCUCCGCAAAUUUCUCACCUUCUUCUUUUUCCUCUUCUACCCCUCUUCUUCCUUCUUUUUCCUUACACUUUAAACCCCAAUUUGGUCAUUACUCUCUUCACAAAACCGUUUUCUCAGAUUCUAACACUAACACCAACACCAACACCAAAACUGUUUCUGAUUCUAACCCACUUUCUGAUUCACCUCAAAUUGAAAAGGGUUUUGUUCCUUUUCCAAAUGGGUCUUCUUCCGGUUGGCAAAAUUUGAAAUUGGAACCAUUUGGUGAAAACAAUAAAAACAACGACAACAACGUUGUUGUUGGUGUUGGUGUUGGCCCAGAUGAUAAAAACAGUGAAAAAUGUGGUCUUUCGCCUUGUGUUGCUGUUAUGACUAAGACGGUUUUACCUGUGACACAAGGUUUGUUGUUGAAUUUUCGUUGGGGUGUGAAUUUUCCGGGGAAAUCAGGGUUGAAAGUGCCGUAUUUGACAGUGAAUAAAAUUGGGUUGGAGAGAGUUGAGGAAGAGAAGAAAAAUGAGUUGAAGAUUGAUAAUUGUGAAAGUGAUUUGCAGAUGCUGAAAGAGAGGAAAAUGGAUUUGGAGAAUGUUGAGAAGGAAAAUAAGGAGUUGAAGAGAGUGUUGGAUGAGAUGAAAAUGAGAGUUUAUAAAGGGAAGGUUGAGAAGCUGCAGAAUUCAGGUGAGAGUUUUGAAAGUUGGAGAAGUAAUAGAAAUGGAAGACAAGAUAAUGAGAAAAAACAACCAAAUAAGUUGCAGAAUACUAUUGUAGUGAGUGAUUUGGAAUCUGAAUUGGAAAAAGCUAUUAAAGCUGCUUCUUCUUAGCAAAGAAUCAAAGGUUCGGUUUUUAAAACAUUGAUUGCUAGAGCGGAUGCAAAGAGAAAGACUAGAGAGAAAAGGUAGAGAUGAGUACCAAUUCAACAGCAUCACGAGCAGCCAUAGCAAGAAUAUCAGCACAUGAAACAGUGAGAG